AUGGUACACUUUCAAAUCUUCAGCCGUGAAGAGUACCUUGCGUACGCCAAGUCCCAACCCGCUCUACAACCAUAUCGCUCAGCCACUGAGACUCCGCCUGAUCAUCCUUGGUUUCAUAUCCCGAGAGCGAAAAUCGAUGAUGAAACCAAGGAGUUCUCUCGUGUGGCAGCCAAAUGUCUGAAAGGACAUCCACGUGACGACAAAGAGCUGAAGCACCUUUACGAGGCAGCGAAGGCGCUUUCCCAAGUCCCCAAGGGAAUACCUAUCCCAGUCGCAUUCGUUGGACCCCAAGGUGCUGGAAAGAGCCUAUUACUCUGUGCCUUGUUUGACUGCAAUGGUCUUUCGUUGACUGGUGCAGAAGGCAAAGCCUGCACAAGCUCUGUUAUCAGGUAUCUACAUUAUCCAAAGAACCAGGACGGCAGCACUGCGUUCCUUGCCGAGAUCAAGUUUCUGGAUGCGAAAAAGCUGGAAGCCAUGUUCGCUGAGCAGUGUCGGAACUAUUAUUACUACCACAAUGACGACGACUCUGACGACGAAGAGGAUCCCUCAUUCAGAGAGGACUUCAAAUCGAACGAUAGCGACGGGCUUAAGGAUACUGCAGAGGACAUCCUUAGCGCUAUCUUCGGUUCGAAAGAGAACUUCGAGGAUCAUUGGAGUGCCGAUUCUUACAAGAGCGGGGAGUUUGUCCGGCUGUGCCGGCUCAAAUUCGAAGAAGCACUUCAGAAGGAGAACACUAGCAGCCAGGGAAUUGCUACCAAGAUGGGAGUGACUCAGCAUGAGCUCCUGAAGCGGAUAAAGCCGUUCAUCACUCAAGUGCCAGGCGAGCAUUGUCUAUGGCCUCUUGUGGACGAUGUCACUGUCUACGCUUCCCAUCAAUUGCUUGAGCAGUCGCUGGAGUGUCUCGAUCUGCCAGGCUGUGGCGACACGAACGCACAGCGUGCCCGACACAUCGAAGAGCUCAGAGAGCGCGUCAAGUUUGAGAUCAUCAUAGCCGACACUGCGCGCAUCGAAUCUGACCAGUUGUUCAUCAAGCAUGCACGUGCUGCAAUCAACCAGCAUGGCGCAGAGAACGUGCAACUAGUCGCUACGAAAAUUGAUGAUCUAGACGAAAACCAGCUUAUGCAGUAUACCGGCGAGCCUUACGAUACAUUGAAGCGGCUUAUCAAUGAGACGACAGAAGCUGAGGAUGAAGCGAGCGAAGACGACGACAUCGAGAGCAUGAUCAAACGUGAACAGCUCGCCAAGUACAAGAAAUACCUAAUGCAGACUUUGAAGCAGGUCAAGGUAGCAGAGCGUGCGGAGAACAUUUCUGCUGGCGUCGCUUCGAAGCUUCAAGGCCGUACCUUGUCCGCAACCCCGAACCUUUGUCAUACAUCCGCCUACGAGUACAUGCAAUGGACAACAAAACCGAAAAUCACCUUCAAGAAUCAACCAUCGCUAUCCCCAGAGGAGACCGGAAUUCCUGAAUUGCGUAAGAAGCUCAUGUUGCUUCCUGCAGAUCAGAACCUACAACGCUAUUACGACCACGCUCACGUUGCACUGCUAGCUUUCGUUGCCAAAGGUGAACGUUCAGUGAAGUUUAACGACCGAGACGGCGAUUUUGGAAAGAUCGCAGACCACGUCGAAUCGCUGGGUCAGAAAUUCCUCAAUCGACUCCACAGUCAAACCAAAACGUCAUUCCAAAAGAUUUCGGAUUUGAGCGUCUCCAAGUUCAGCUCAGACAUCCCCUUGUUCAAGAACAGAACAGAGGCGAAAGUUGAGCAGGACUGGUGCAAGUUGACUUUCUUCGCCUUCAACCGGGUCCUCAAAGGGAAGGGCAUUGUUCCAAAAGGUGCCACCCAAGCCAAAGGUCUUGCGCAAGGUAGGAAUUGGAACCAAGAGCUGUCAGAGAUAAUGGCCCCAGGUUUCAGUAAAUGGUACAACGCGCAUGUUUCCUACAUGGAACCGAUGGAAGACUCCUUACGCAUCGCUGUAGAUCAGCUGCACAACAAGACCAUGACGGUUAUUGACGACUCCACUGCCAACAUUGUCACAAUUGAGAAAGCGAAAGCCAAGUGGGGACCCUACCGAGAGAAAAUCAAGGCCAAGAUGAUGAUUCUUGUAACCGAUAUCCAGAAGAUCGAGAAGCGCGCACUUGGCUGGGCCAUUAUGCAGUAUGGUCAGCACAACAACCUUGUCGGAUCGAUAACUGAUGACUGGUAUGACGAUAUAUUUCACGCCGCUCCCGCCCUUAAACCCGCUGUUCCCGGCAAAGGCAACAAACCAAAGAAGCAAUACGUGAAGCCUGGGAGAUUCCAAUAUCAGAAGAACCGGAUGGUCAGCCACUUCCUCAAGUCUAAGGAUCAUUUCGUUGAUAGAGCUGCCAAGUACUUCCAAGCGCAGUUCGACCAAGACAUGAAAGAGCUGCUCGAUAAGCACUUUGCCGACAUCACCAUGCAGCUAACGGAAUUCGCGGCACACCUCCGGACUAGAGCUCCACUCGACUAUGUAAUUACAGAUGAAGGCAAAGCCAUCAGAGCUGACUUCAAAGACAUCAUCCCAGACCUCGUGAAGAGGGCCAAGUCUAUUCAGAGUAUGAUUCCGGAGCCCAAGAAAGGGAAUAACGCACAUCCACAGGCUACGUCUUCUCACCAUCUCGCCGAUGUCAAGUAUGACGGUGCGGAGUUCCAAGCUAUCUACGACAAGAUGGUCAAGCAGAAGAAGAACGAUCAAGCACAGGCUACCAAGCAUAACAUCAAGCGAGAGGACGGAAACCAGAUGAAGAGGAUCAAGCACGAGCAGGACUGA